UCCUUUAAUUCCGCUUCACUUUUUUGCAGGUAGCAUAUUCACUCAUCAUAUUCCAAGAAAACAAAAAACCCACCUCAAAGAUUCAACCUUUUUCAACAUUCAUCAAUGGCAGCAGCAGCAGCGACAACAAACCCAUCCUCAUCGUAUUCUCCGCACACAUUUAACAAAUAUCUAACAAACCCACAUCCCAUUCAUCGUCCUUUUUUGUUAAAACUAAAACAUGAUCGUAACAAAUUACAAUCUGUUCGUUGUAGUCAGUUUGACCCACCACCUAGUAAAUUGUCUGCUGCUGUUAAUUCUGAUUUUACUGACCGCACUUCUUCUUCUUCAUCUUGUUCUAGUAGCAUUGAUUUUCUUACCUUGUGUCAUAGCCUAAAGACCACAAAAAGGAAGGGGUGGGUCAACCAUGGAAUAGAGGGUCCUGAGUCUAUAGCUGAUCAUAUGUAUCGGAUGUCAUUAAUGGCUUUAAUUUCUGGCGAUCUUCCUGGCAUCAACAGGGAAAGGUGUAUCAAGAUUGCAAUUGUGCAUGACAUUGCAGAAGCUAUCGUUGGAGAUAUAACACCAUCUGAUGGCGUACCGAAAGCAGAAAAGAGUAGACUCGAGCAAGCGGCUUUAAAUGAAAUGUGCGAUGUUCUUGGUGGUGGGAUGAGGGCUGAAGAAAUCAAAGAACUUUGGAGGGAAUAUGAAGAUAAUGCUUCCCUUGAGGCUAAUCUUGUGAAAGAUUUUGACAAAGUCGAGAUGAUCCUGCAAGCACUUGAAUAUGAAACUGAACACGAUAGAGUUUUGGAUGAAUUUUUUCACUCCACGGCUGGGAAGUUUCAAACUGAAAUUGGCAAGAGUUGGGCAGCUGAGAUCAUUGCAAGGAGAAAUUCAAGGUUGGCAAAGAAACUAAACUAACCAGAUUUGCCCCUUUCGGACGAUGAAAGAUGUCAUCAUUUCAUAUCUUUUAAACAUAAAAGCAAAAUCUUAUCACAAUUUUAUUAAUGUUUGGCAUCCUAUAAUCUGAAAGUUGUUGCAAUAGUUUCAAGAUAUAAGAGCUUUGAAAUUACCUUUUUUGUAACAUGUAAGCUUUAAGCCAAUGGAUUUGGUCUCUAGUUUGUCAAA